AUGAAAGCUUUCGAAAAUUUGCGUGAUAAAAUUAUAUCAACGCUUCAGAAUGUCAACCUAAAAUCAGCAGUACUCUCAAAUCCUAUUAAAAGCCUACUAAUUAUACAACAUCAAUUUUUAAUGCUUUCAUAUAUUUUCGAAUAGAAAAACAAUUCAUUUUUUUACAUUGUUGCUACUACAACGAGGCCACAAUUACUCUUACAUUCUAAUAAUAUUUGUUAUUUGGUUUUACCCAUCCUAUUACUAUACAUUGUGAGUAUUUUUGUUAAGAAAAUACCUGGCAGACAAAAGAUAUUGGUGAUAGGAUAGUUAUUAAGGGUGAGUGUGUACAAUGUAUUUUUUGAAAUUUCAAGAGGAGAAUUGCAAUUUGUUGUUUAAAUCCUGCUAAUCAUCAUCAGCACUAUUGACAUUCUAUUUAUCUUGGGCACAUUGAACAUUAGAUAGAGGAAUUUCUCAUAAAUUUCGAUUAACUAUUUUUAAAUAGCCAACCACAUUUUAAACAAUUUAAUACUAAUUUUUAAAUAAUAUUCUAAUUAUAGUCAUCUCAUAAUAACCAUGUUAUGCAUGCUCUACUCACUCAAUGGAUUUCUUAAUCAAAUUAUCUACUCCCCCAUAAAAUCAAUCAAAUUGCACCCUUAUAUCCUCUAUGCUCACCUGAUAACCAUCAUUCAGUGUGUGAUUUAUUUUGCAGAUAUUAAAUUAAAUGAAUUUCCAAAUUUAAUUUUAUGCUCCCUCAUACUUAAACUCACCUAAAUGUCCAGUGAAAUCCAAUUAAAGUUCCCAGUCCAGAGUCUGGAAUCCUUAUUGUUGAACAUAGGUGAUGGUUGCAUAACAUCUGAACACAUUAAAAUAAUCAUAAACAAAAAGUUGAUCCAAAAAGAAUAGGACAGAAUACUGUAUGCUACAAUAAGAAUCAAGCAGAAACAUUAUUAUGAGGCCUUGUGUCUAUUGUACAAUUAGAAGAGUUUGAAUUGGUUGAAUCAAAUAAAAAAAACCUUAAUUAUUGAUGAGUGUCUACAAUAGUUGGAGUUCAAGAUAAAGACCUCUUCGAAGUUUGAUUAAAGUGUAGCCUUGGCUGUUGAGUAAUUGAUGAAAAGCGAGGACAGGAACUUCAUUAUUCAAGAGAAAAUUAUCGAAAUAAUUAAAUAAAAAUAACACAUCCAGAAAUGCAUUACUGAACGAGACCUUAAAAUCUAUCAGAAGCUCAUGAACUUCGUUAAUAAAGUUCAAGAAGUCAAACGGAAACUUGAAAAACAGUAUUCACAAUUUCCCAAUCAGAAAACUUAGGCAAUUCUAAGUUUUUUAUAUGCUGAAAUAUUGAAUGAUUAUAUCUCUGCUAGUAAACUCUCCCUCUCUGCAUCCAAAUAAGAACUUAUUAAAUUGUAAAAUCAUUAAGCAAUUUUCAACAUGUUUAACUCCAAGAUGAUAUACUUCAUUACAGAUUUCGAUUAGCAACGAUUGAUUAUUAAACGAAUGUCUAGCAACACAUCCUAGUUGUUGAAUCUCAGACAUGAUUAGCUAAUUAAUAAAGACAUCGAUCAAUUAUUACCUUGGGGCAUCAGAGAACAUCACAAUGAAAUGAUCAUGAAUUUCUUAGAAGAAGGUAUUUCCAAGUAUAUGAGAAAGGUAGAUUUAAAAUAUUUUAAAUCUCAUCAAUCCUCAUAUUUAAUCACUGCUGAUUUUACCUUAGACAUUAGUUUCACUAAGUCUUCCCUGAAAUUCGUAACGUUCUUAUAACCUGUGAUUCAUUAACCAAUGAUUAUAGUUCUAAAUUAGAAUAAGAUAAUCAAAGAGUUUAGUGAGAAUUUGAUUGAAACAUUAAAUGAAAAGCCUGAGAAUAUAUUAAACAAACACAUGAACCAAUUUUUACCAUCCAUUGACACAAUAGAAUUUAGCUAGGUAUUGGAGAAUGUCGAAAUGAUAUCUCAAUAAAGCAGUUACAGUACACUGAAGUCAUAUUCUAUCAUCACAACAGUCAAUGUAAAAAUCAAAGAAUUAAAGGGUAGAAUUAUUUACUACUUAUUGACUUUUCAAUUUAUUAAAAAGAUGAAUUAAAAUUACACUUUUAAUUAGAUGGUGCAGAGUUUCUCAAAUGGAGCCUUGAGUCAAGAUAAAACUGAUGCUAAAACUACAGAAAUGAAAAUUAAAGUUGAGGAUGACAGGUUUUCAGGAAUCUUCAAAGAAGAUAUUACAGUCUCUAAACCCUAUAUUAUGGAUGAAUAAAAUUAAAGACAUUAAGCAAAUUCUACAUUUUUUCAAUUUUAAUAAUUCUCUAAUAAUUAUCUUUCCAUAACCUAGGAUAAAUAAAAAAGAACGCUCCAACCAAAUUAAGUACUCCCAACCAAAAGCUAAAAUAACUCCACUUUAAUUAGUCCUAAUAAUAGUGUAUUUUAUGAUUAAUUACUCUUUCAACAACAGUACUUUUCUAGAAACUCUUAAAAACAACUUUCUUAUGUCAAGGAAGAAUGCAGCAUAGAUAUGGUGAAAGAACUCCAUGCCGCUGAUGAUAGUAAUUAAGAAGAGGAUUGCAAGCGAUCUUAGGUUUCUUCUGUGUAAAAUUUAAAACAAUCUCAACAUUUUAAGAAAUAUCAAAUUUUGAAUAAUGUCAAUCGACAACAAUGCCACUUAGGUGCAUGUUUAUUUUUAAGGACAGCAUUAUUCUCAUUGAUUGCUCACUCAAUCAUCAUUUAUAUAAUAAUUUAAAGUUUAUAUAGUAGCUUAAAUUAGCUAGUGAGGGAUAUUGAAUUGCUCUAAGUUAAGAAUCAGGCAUUUCAACCUUUGGAGACAUUCUGGGUGAAUAGAUGGAUUAUAUUCAAUUACAUGAAAAUGAAGCAGAACCACCUCUUGGAUGAGGACGAAUAUAAUCAAUUGUUGAUAUUUCCAGAAUACACGAUACCCUUAUAAUUUCUGAGAUUGUAAUCUAAUUUGAAUGAAAUAGUAAAUAAAAAGGAAUUGCUGAGUUCUAUGUCAUCUAUCAAUAUUAAAGUGUUACAAUAUAUUGAUUCUGAUGAAGGAGAGAUUUAUGAAAUCUCCAUAAGAAGUUGCAUUAACAUUUUAUUAGAAUUCUAAUACACUUUAAAGUAAUUUUACGUUUAAAAGUAACAGCCCCAAACUGACAGUGCCUACAUCUAUUAUAGUUAUAAGAAUUCAUUCAAUCUCAAGUAACAAUUUCAAAUUUUAAAUGAUAAUAUAUAUGAACAAUCUCAAAUAAAUUCUAUUUAUAUCCUAACCUAAUAAAGAGUACUAUAUUUGAUAGAAUCAAUUUUGAUCAUAGCAAAUCUGAUAAUUCUGAUUGUGCUGAUCAAGAUUGUUGAGAAGUAGCAUUUAAAACAUUUGAGAUUGCUCUUUUAUUGUCCAAAAGAAACCUAUUAUUAGGAUAUACAAAACUACUAACUUUUAACUAAGUUUAUUCUUAAAGACAGCGAUAAUUUAUUCAAGUAUUAGUUUUCCGUGCAUGACAAAGAAAGACACUUAUUGAAGUCUAAUUCUCGACAUAUGAAAUCGAAAGAUUAGAUGCAAAAUAAAAAAAACAACAAGGAUAUCAAGAUUUAAGUGGGAGACUUGUCUGUGAGAAUAUUAUCAUUUCUGAUUAUGUUUCUUCUGUUAAUCUAGGGGACAUAUGUGUAUUUGAUGAUGUCAUCGUACAUUAAGUCAUAUCAACCGACUGCUUAAUUCUACAGGCAACUUUCUGAUGUAGGCACUGACAUCCCCACACUGUAUUCGCAUAUUAGUGUUUUGUAUGGGAUCUCAAAUUUCACAUUUCUUGGUUACGAUGACAAAGAGAAAUUCAUUACUGAAAUUCAGGAAUCCCUUUGGAGAUUAGAAAAUUUCGUCAACGUUCAAAAUGAUUAAGAGAACAUAUUAUCUUAAAAUUUCAUGAACAAUUAUGAUUCUCUUUAAACUGCUAAUCUCUGUAAUUAUAUAAAUGAAGAGAUAUAUGAUAAUGCCCCUUAAAUUUGUAAUCUAUCACUUAAUUAAAACUUGCAAAGGGGGAUAUCUUCUGUUUUAAUUUACAUCUUAAAUUCAAUAAAAACAGAAAGAGACUUAAAUCAAUUCACUGAAAAGAUUGGCUAUGAUAAAUAUGAAUUAGAAGGGGCUUUGAUAUUUUCAGAAUUCAUAGAACACCUCAAUGGUGAAUUCUAUGAGGACUUGAAGAGCGUUACGAUAGAAAAAUUAAACUAACUAAUUUUCACAGUUAUUGGAAUUUUCUGCGUUCUUAUUUUUAUGAUGUUUUUUACGUUAACUGUAGGGAAGUUUUACUUGACCAAUAAAAACAACGCAAUCAGCUAAUCCAUUUUUAUGAUACCUUUUUCAGUCAUCUUUUUCGAUGACUAUUAUGAAUUAAAACUAAAGAAGAUCUAACAAAAAGCAUUUCAGAGUAAAUAAAUCAUAAUAUGA